AUGUCUUGUUCAAAUCUGACAAUGUUGGUGUCCUCGAAACCUUCUCUCUCCGAUGCCUCUUCUCUCUCGUCUCGCUCUUUCCACAGCCCUUUUCCGCUUCCUAGCAAUAAUUCAAACACUUCCAGCCCUUCUAGAUCAUCAACAGCCACCCCAAUUCAAUGUGGUCUUCGUGAACUUCGGGAACGUAUUAAUUCUGUCAAGAACACCCAGAAAAUCACUGAGGCUAUGAAGCUUGUAGCUGCUGCUAAAGUGAGAAGAGCACAAGAAGCUGUGGUCAAUGCUAGACCUUUUUCUGAAACUCUUGUUGAAGUUCUUUACAAUAUCAAUGAGCAACUCCAAACGGAUGAUGUCGAUAUUCCUCUCACCAAGGUUAGGACUGUCAAGAAGGUGGCCCUUGUUGUUGUGACUGGUGAUAGAGGUCUCUGUGGAGGUUUCAACAAUUAUAUCAUCAAAAAGGCUGAGGCCCGUAUAAGAGAAUUGAAAGCACUCGGUCUUGAAUACACUGUGAUCAGUGUUGGUAAAAAGGGUAAUUCGUAUUUUCUCCGCAGGCCAUAUAUUCCAGUCGACAAGUUUAUUGAAGGUACUAAUCUUCCUACUGCUAAAGAAGCUCAGGCAAUAGCGGAUGAUGUUUUCUCAUUAUUUGUAAGUGAAGAGGUUGAUAAGGUUGAGCUUCUUUAUACCAAGUUUGUGUCAUUGGUUAAAUCUGAUCCAGUGAUCCACACGUUGCUUCCAUUAUCACCAAAAGGAGAAAUUUGUGAUGUGAAUGGGGUUUGUGUGGAUGCAGCCGAAGACGAGUUCUUCAGGUUGACAACAAGGGAAGGGAAAUUGACUGUGGAAAGGGAUGUUGUAAGGACUCGGACACCAGAUUUUUCGCCAAUUUUGCAAUUCGAGCAGGAUCCCGUGCAAAUUCUUGAUGCUCUGCUGCCACUUUACCUGAACAGUCAAAUCUUGAGGGCAUUGCAGGAAUCACUGGCCAGUGAACUUGCUGCUAGGAUGAGUGCCAUGAGCAAUGCUACUGAUAAUGCAGUCGAAUUGAAGAAAACAUUGUCUCGUGUUUACAACAGACAGCGCCAAGCAAAGAUUACUGGAGAGAUAUUGGAGAUUGUUGCAGGAGCCAAUGCUUUGACCUAA